AUGAACACCCGGGGUAGAGGAACCAGAGGUGCAUCGAGUUCGCGAGCUAGAACGGCAGAGGAUCCUAGAGUUGAUGGGGUUUUAAGGGCUCUAGAGGCGAUUGGACAGUUAAUAGGCUUGCAGACUCAAGAACGAACUGCUGCUGCUGCUGCUGCUGCUGCUGAGGCUGCUGCCGCCGCACAGAAUAAUCCGGGGAAUGGAAAUGGAAAUGAGAAUCGCCAAAUGCACAAGUUGGUGGAGCAGUUCUUGAAACUUAAGCCAUCAAAGUUCGACGGGAAAGGUGAUCCCGAGGCUGCCACUCGCUGGGUUGAGGAAUUGGAAAAGGCCUUUGCACUUCUGGGGUGCACGGAGGAGGAAAAGGUGACUUUGGCUGUGUAUCAACUUCAAGAUAAUGCUAAUGAUUGGUGGAAGGCCACCCGAGAAAGAAUUUUCCCAGUGGGCACUGUGCCGAACUGGACUGACUUCGUCGAUGCCUUUAAUGGAAAGUACUUUUCUGAGAGUGCUCAAGAACAGAAGAUGGCAGAAUUCUUACGGCUUCGCCAGAAUCAGAUGACCGUGGAUCAGUACGAGGCGGAAUUUGCUAGGUUAUCGAAGUUUGCACCGAGGAUGGUUGAGAAUCCUUUGGAUAAGGCAAGAAGGUUUCGAGAUGGUUUAAAGCCGGAACUUCGCAGCCGACUGAUACCCCUGAACCUUAGGGAUUACAACGAGCUUUAUGAGCGGGCUCAGAUGAUUGAGAGAGAUAUGACCGAGAGGAAUGCCGCAUCUGGAUCGCGGUUUAUACCGGCUAGGGAUAAUCGUAACUUUGGAAAGAAACCUAUGAAUGGGAAUAAACGAUUUGUCCCUCCUGUUAAAAAGAAUAUCGUAAAGCCGACCUACUAUUCUGGAACUCCGUGUCGAUUUUGCGGAAGAAGGCAUGGGAUGGCCCUUGCCCUGGCAGGAAUGGAACUUGCUUUGGAUGUGGCCAGCAUGGUCACCAAGUGA